UGGCCUGGCUGCUGGUGACCCACGUGUGGGAGAAAUGACCCAACUGGUCUCAGCUGUGUUGCUGCCCACGCUGUUGCUGCUGCUUUUCCAGCUUCCAGGCUGUGUCCCUCUGCGUGGCCCCAGCACCGUGACAGGCACUGUGGGGGAGUCCCUGAGUGUGCAGUGUCAGUAUGAGGAGAAAUACAAGACUAAUAACAAAUACUGGUGCAGAGGGUCACGUGUGCUACUAUGUAAAGAGAUUGUCAAGACCAGAGGCUCAGAAGAAGCUAGGAACGGCCAAGUGUCCAUCAGAGACCAUCCAGACAACCUCACCUUCACAGUGACCUUGGAGAACCUCACCCUGGAGGAUGCAGGCACCUACAUGUGUGGGGUGGAUGUACUAUUUAUCGAUGACUCCUUCAUGGUUGUGUUGUCCGUGGUGGUCCCAAGUGAGGUCCCAGUUUCAUCUUCAGGGACAGAUGUGGUGUCCACCAGCCUGGCCACCAAGGGUUCCAUCCAAGGAUUCAUCAUAGUGCCCACCAGCCUGGCCACCAAGGGUUCCACCCAAGGAUCCAUCACAGAGGGCCACCAUGACCAGCGCCCGGGCUUGAGCCUCCCAGUGCUGCUGUCUGUGUUAGCUCUUCUGCUGCUUCUGUUGGUGGGGACCUCUGUGCUGGCCUGGAGGACGUUCCAGAAGCGGCUGGUCAAAGCUAAUACAAAUCCAGAGCUGUCCCAGAACCUCAGGCAGGCUGCUGAGCAGAGUGAGUGCCAGUAUGUGAACCUGCAGCUGCGCACAUGGCCCCUGAGGGAAGAGCCGGUGCUGCCGAGUCAGGUGGAGGUGGAAUAUAGCACAGUGGCAUUUCCCCAGGAAGAGCUUCACUAUACUUUGGUGGCAUUUGAUUCGCAGGGGCAGGAUUCUCAGGCCAAGGGGAAUCCUGCUUCAUUGCCUCAGGACCAGAAAGCAGAGUACAGCGAGGUCCGGAAGCCCAGAGAAGGCCCCUCUGUCCCUCACCUGUGACCCCUUGUCACCUGAUCCCCUCAGUGGUGACCAUCAGGUUCCUAAGCUCCCUGCAGCCUGCUGCUGUCAGUGUCAUGAACCUCUCUGGCUUCACUAAAGAUCCUCUCCAGCUUCAGUAAAGAUGAGCAGGAACCAAGUCUCUGUGGGAACAGAGGCUCGUCCCACCGGCCCUCUCGUUUUGUACUGCCUCGGCAUCCCUGUAGCCUCUGCAUCCCUGUAGCCUCUGGGAAGUGACAUGGUUCAUCUGGAACAGCACUUGUGUUAGCUCUGUAGUGUCAGCCCAGCAGGAACCUCUGUGGUCGCUGGGAAAGUGGAGAAUCAGUGAAGAGCCAUGAGAAUACAAAGAGGAGGGUUAUGGGGGCACUAAACACCAGCGCCCCCAUCUCACAGGGGAAGAAACCGAAGCUCUGAGGACAGGACCCUGGCCCAUGGUCAGGGGCAAAUUCCUCUGGACUCUUAG